AUGGGCGAGCAUUAUGUGGCCAGUCAAGCCAAAGGCUUUAACCAGCCCUACGGUUACCCGAUGAACUGCAACAUGUCACGCGUUUUCAUGGAGAUGACCGAGGAGGAUCGGAAAUGUCUCGAAGAACGAAAGUACUGGUGUUUUAUGCUAAGCAGGUUCGUUCCGCUUAUUUUUUCUGAACUAUCUUCUGUUCUCUGA